ACUCUGCUUUUUAGCAUCAGAGCCGAGAAAGGAAAGAAAAUCAUACUGGUUUAUGCCAAGAUCAUGUUCAGCAAAGGGCAGAGUUCAACCAUGAGUAUUCUUAAUGUUAUGUCCACAAUUUUGUUCAUUGUCUCCUUCCCUUCAUUCACUCUGGCUAAAUCUGACACUUAUAUCAUCCACAUGGACUCAUCAGCCAUGCCUAAAGCCUUCUCCAGUCACCAGAGCUGGUAUUUGUCAUUGCUUUCUUCCAUAUCAGCCACCUCUGAGGUAGCUGCUGCCUCCACCUCGACUUCUAAACAUUUAUACACUUACACUAAUUCUAUCAAUGGAUUCAGUGCAACUCUCACUUUAUCUGAGCUUGAAGCCCUCAAGAAUUCUUCUGGGUACAUUUCAUUUACUCGAGAUCUUCCUCUUAAGGUACAUACCACUCACACUUCUCAAUUUCUUGGUCUAAGCUCAGUGUCAGGUGCAUGGACAGCUCCAAAUGAUGGUGAAGAUGUCAUAAUUGGCAUAGUGGACACUGGAAUUUGGCCAGAGAGUGAGAGUUUUAGUGAUGAGGGAAUGACUAAAGUUCCCCCCAGAUGGAAAGGAAAAUGUGAGUCAGGCACCGAAUUCAAUUCUUCCUUUUGCAACAAGAAACUCAUUGGGGCUCGAUUUUACAAUAAGGGUUUGCUUUCUAACAAUCCAAAAUUAACUAUUCCAAUGAACUCCCCCAGGGAUAUCAGUGGACACGGAACACAUACUUCAUCAAUUGCUGCUGGCAACUACGCACAAGGAGCCUCCUAUUUUGGCUAUGCCUCUGGAACAGCCAGAGGCAUGGCUCCUCGAGCUUAUAUAGCCAUGUACAAAGUAGUUUGGAGAUACGGAACCUACACAUCCGAUGUACUUGCUGCAAUUGAUCAGGCGAUUCAAGAUGGAGUGGAUAUAUUGUCCUUAUCCUUGGGCUUAAGUGUGGAUGACCAUUUUUUAGAAGAUGAUCCAAUAGCAGUAGCCACUUUCGCUGCCAUGGAAAGGGGUAUAUUCGUAGCAGCAUCAGCGGGAAAUGAUGGGCCUUUGUAUUGGACUUUAAUCAAUGGAGCGCCAUGGAUGUUAACUGUUGGUGCUGGUUCCAUAGAUCGUCAAUUUGAUGGAACUUUGACUUUGGGAAAUGGGCUGCAAAUCACCUUUGAAUCCUUGUAUCCAGGUAAUUAUUCUCUAAACCAAAUGCCCCUGGUUUAUGUCGAUGAAUGCCUAAAUGUGGAGGAACUAAAGCAAUUAAGAAACAAGAUUAUCGUUUGCAAGGAUCAUCUAAGUAUAAGCAAUCAAGUUGAAAAUGCUGAGUCUGCAAGGGUUGCUGCAGCUGUUUUCAUAUCCAAUUAUUCUUCUUUAUCUGAACUUUACACUAGAAGCUCAUUUCCAGCAGCAUUCAUUGGCCUCCAUGACGGCCAAACUGUGAUAGGCUACAUAAAGCAGACUGCUAAUCCAAUGGGAAGAUUUCAAUUUGGGAAAACAACUUAUGGUACAAAGCCAGCACCAAGGGUAGAUGCUUAUAGUUCCAGAGGUCCAUUUUUAAGAUGUCCCAAUGUUCUAAAGCCGGACAUAUUGGCUCCUGGUUCGUUAGUGUUAGCAUCAUGGUCUCCAAUUAGUGAAGUUACUUAUAUCGGAUCACAUCCAUUGUUCAGCAAUUUCAAUCUCUUAUCAGGAACCUCUAUGGCUACACCACAUGUGGCAGGCGUGGCAGCACUUAUAAAGAGAGCACACCCUGAUUGGAGCCCUGCAGCCAUUCGUUCUGCCCUUAUGACCAAUGCCAAUUCAUUAGACAACACUUUAGGCCCCAUUAAAGAUGUUUCAAAUUAUAACCUGCCCGCUAGUCCUUUAGACAUUGGAGCUGGCCACAUCAAUCCCAUCAAGGCCCUUGAUCCCGGGCUUGUGUACGAUGCAACACCAGAAGACUACAUAAAGCUUCUCUGUGCAAUGAACUACACGUCAAAAAAAAUUCGAAUCUUUACUAAGUCAAGUUACAACUGCACGAGUCGGUCCUUGAAUCUUAAUUACCCAUCUUUCAUAGUUUACUUCAACGAUGGGCAAUCAACUUCGAAUGAAAAAGUUGUGCAAGAAUUUCAAAGGACUGUGACAUAUGUAGGCGAGGCAGUAAUGGCUUAUACGGCAAAGCUGACAGGAAUGGAUGGUAUAAAGGUGAUAGUGGAGCCUCAGAAGUUGGUUUUCAAGCAGAAAUAUGAGAAGCAAAGCUACAAGCUGAGGUUGGAGGGCCCAAAAUUAUUAAAGAAAGACGUGGUUUUUGGUGCUUUGAGUUGGACGGAUGAUGAUGGUAAAUACAUGAUAAGAAGUCCAAUUGUUGCCACAAGCAUCACGCCAUCACCAUAAUCUACUUCACCAAAGUUAGAAUUAGUUUGGUCUAUUAUGUACGUAUUACUGAAUAACAUUGCAAUAUGAUAUCAAUUAAGAUCCUUUUCCUUGCUUCUUCCCUUUGUUCUUUUCUCUUCCCUUAUCUUUUUUCUGUUUCUUCCUUUUACAGAAACAACCCCUUCUAGCCCACAUGCUAGAACGAAGACUCCUCCCUUUCCCAUAUUCAUAGCAAACCAGUGAGUCCUUUAGCUAUUGGUGUUGUAUAUAUUACCAUAUUAUCCA